UGAAUAUUUGGCAAUUUUGUUUUCCCGUAUCGCCUUGUCUUCUUGCGGAUUCGGAUUGUCAUUUUGCUAACUUGUUCAGUUCAUGUUCAUGUUGAGUUUGUCUUAGGAAAUCUUCUGAGAAAGAGGUAACAAUUACUGUUUGUUUAAGAAGUAAACAUCGAUAUAAAUUGGUACAAUUUCUUUUUUACUAACUCAAUAUUAAUUUGAACACAAAGUAGCAACUUAACAGUAAUAAUACAUAAAGUGGGCACAAAGAACCAAAUAUGGUGUUGGUUAUAUCUCAAGAAACCUUUGACGAUGCUGUUCGUGAAAAUAUUGAAGAUUUGGGAUUAUCACCAGAAGAAGCUUUGAGAGAAGCAGUGACCCAAUUUGAAUCCCAAGGUGUCGAUUUGAGUAACAUUAUGAAAGAACUUAGUUUAUCUUCUAAAGAAACACAGAAUAUUGGAGCUGAAGUUAACAAAUUGAAAACAUUAACCAAAGUAGAUACACCAGAUAAAAAUAUAAUGGACCAAAUGGAGAUCAUUAAAGUGGAAUGUGACAAGGGACUUACAAAUAGGGUCGCAGUAGGAAAAGCUGGAGCGUAUAAUGCAUUGUUGGACGUUCUUGAAGUAAAAAAAUCUUAUAUAGUGGUUGAAAGAACUUGUCUAAAAACCUUAUUAGCACUAAUGACCAAGCAACCUGAUUUAUUAGAUGAUCGCGGAAUAAAAUUGAUGCUCACUUUCCUUACAAUUAAAACUGACUUUGAUCUGAAAAAAUUAACCUUAAGGUGGAUUAAAAGCUGCUGUAUUCUUCAUGAGCACAACAGACAGAACAUAUUCAACGCCCACGUUUUGGACAAACUAAAGGAAUUACUCAAUGACGGAAGCAGUGAUAUUUUAAGAGAAGUUUUAGCAGUUUGCCGAGCUCUCGUAUUGGAUGACGACAUUCGAGUGGAAUUCGGUAAUGCCCAUGAACAUGCUCGAAUUAUUGCCAGUGAAAUUUUGUGCCCCUUGACUCAGUUAAUGACACGUUUUAAAGCGGAUGAACCUUUCAUUCACGAUCUGAUGUUAACUGUAUCCACUUUGAUGGUAAGAACUGAAUUUUGUCAAAAAGUUCAAGAUGCCGGAGGAAUAGAAAUGAUUGGAGAAGUGAUGAACAACUUUGCUGCUAACGAGAAAAUCAUCAGACAGUGCUUUAAGCUAAUAAAGUCUCUAGCAGGAAAUGACACUUGCAAAGCUUACUUGAUAGAAAAAGGUUUGGCUCCGAUUAUUACAAACUCUUUAUCGGUUAAUAAGGUUAAUGCAUUAACAGCAGUAGCUGGUCUGAAUGCUGUGGCAGCUUUAACUCUUAGAUCACCUGAAAAUAGUAAAGCAUUAUUUCAAGCAGGUAUGCCAGCAGCUAUUACAGAAACUAUGAAAAUAUAUCCAGAUGACAAAGAAAUCCAUAAAGCUGGAAGCCGAGCUAUUAGAAACAUGGUUUCACGUAGCAGAGAUCAAAACAAAACGUUCCUAGACUUAGGAAUUGAAGAGGUCCUUCAAGCCGAUUUGAAAAAAUUCGGUGAUAUAGAUUAUGACAUAAAAGCCGCUCUACGCGACUUAGGCUGCAACGUCAAACUUAAAGAAGAAUGGACUGGCAAAGGCGGUGCUCUUUCAACUGGAGGCAGAGUUUCUUAAAGACUGUUUUUAUAUCGAAACCCAAUAGCUUUAAAAUUAUAUCGUUCAUACCAAGUGAUGAUUGCUAUAUUUCAAUAUUAUACAGGGUAGCGAGAAAGUAUGGAAACACGGUAAUUUCUCGGAAACCGCUGAAACGAUUUUUAUAGAUUUUGGUGGGUAAGGGUUGUCUAAUACGGCCGAUAUUAUAGUGGUAAUUACAUUGCUGUCAAAUCUUCCGUUUUUCUGGAAAUCUAAUGAACUUUCUUAUUUCAAAUGGAACACUGUAUAUUUUUUGCGUUUUUAAAAAUACUGAUUAUUUUUCAUGUUAUAUUCCCUAUACGCCAUAAUUUAGGAGUUAUUGCUACAUUUAUUUAAAAAAAAAAUGUUAAACAAAUUAUAAAAAUCAAAUUUUUCGGCCCGGAUAGUCAUUAUUUUAGGUUCUUUGGAUCAUUGGGAACAAAAAAGGUCUUUUGUAAUGUUUUUUAAAGCUAAUCGUUUCUGAGUUAUAAACAAUUUAAAACUGAAAAAAAUCGAAAAAUGAGGAUUUUCAAGAUUCAAAAACACACGUAAAAAAAUAAUUUUUGAAAUUACUAAGUACUCAAACCUUCUUGUAUCAGAUUCCUAUAAGAAUUUUUGGCAUGUUUUAUUCUAAAACAUUGUUUUUUUAAUUGUUAAUGAAGCGCAUAUGAGAUAUCGGGCUACAUUAACAACUAAAAAAAGUGUCUUAAAAUGAAACAAGCCCAAAUUACUUAACGGCAACUGAUAAAAUAAGGUUUGAGCUUGAAUUUAGGCACUUCGUAGUUUCAAAAAUACUAUUUUCUACUUGUGUUUUUGAACCUAGAAAAUCGUCAUUUUUCGAUUUUGUUUUCAGUUUUAAAUUGUUAUAACUGGGAAACGAUUAAUUUUAGACAAAAAUUACAAAAGACCUUUUUUGUUUUUAAUGAUUCAAGGAACCUAAAAUAAUGUCUAUCCGGGCCGAAAAAAAUUGAUUUUUAUAAUUUUUGUUAAAAAUGUUUUUUUAAUAAAUGUAGCAAUAACUCUAAAAUUAUGGCAUUUAGGUAUAGGGAAUAUAACAUGAAAAAUCAUGUAUCAGUAUUUUUUAAGGACUUCAAAGCGCAAAAAAUAUACAGGGUGUCCUAUUUGAAAUAAGAAAGUUCAUUAGAUUUCCAGAAAAAUGGAAGAUUUGACAACAAUGUAAUGCCGUAUUAGAAAACCCUUACCCACCAAAAUCUAUAAAAGUAGUUCCAGCGGUUUCCGAGAAAUUAGCGUGUUUCCAUACUUUCUCGCUACCCUGUAUAGUACCUAUUGAACUAAAUUUAAAAAAUUUAAAAACCAUAGGUUUAUAAUAGUCAAACUAACUAAAAAUACCUAAAAUGAUAACAUGUACUUUUGUUUACUUCGUUUAUUGAGAUCUGUGGAUAAUUCAUACCUUAUUUGGAUAGUGUUUUGCAACAAAGGGUUAAGCCCCCGCCAAAAAUUUUGAAAAAAUUAACAAAAUAAUUUGAUGAAAUAUUAUAAUUAUUUGGUACAAGAUUUAAGAGAGAAAUUUUCCCAAUACCUUCAUUAACAGAAAAUUAUAAUCGUGGGUUUUCGUAGAAAAAAAAUGUGGAAUAACUCGUUUCUCUUUAUGGGAAUUCUUCAAACGUACCAAACGGAAAAUUUAAACUGCCUUUUCCAAACAGUGAUGUGUGAAUGAGAAAUGGUAGAACUUUAGUUGUAUUUGCUACUGUCUUUCCUUUUAUAUUAUUUGUCUUUAACCGUUGCCUUUAUUGUUUGUUUAAAAAAAGUCGCUAUGAAGGGCACCUUAGCGUGAAACGUGUGUUCAAUCCUUUUUGUACAGUCAUCAAUACUGUUUUUAAUGGGAAAGUUAGGAAAUUGAGUGUAUGAAAGAACUAGAAAAUUGUUAUAUAAAUCUGAAAGAAGUAUAAAAGUUAACUGUUUUUACUUAUUCAACAAAUCGGCUGGCUAAAUGGGUCUUGAGUCUAAGACCAAAAAGAAACUCGCUUCUACUGAGCCACUAAAAUGAGCCAGACACUCAAAGUGGCUAGUCUGUAGUAGUCGUUCAUUUAAAACAAUGCUUUGCUGCCCGUAGCGGACACCGGUGUCAGACACCAGUGGCUUGGUCUGAAAAGGUACUUAUGAAAACAAAUCCAAAUACACUCUGGGCCAAAAUUAACCGGCCACCUUAAAAAUGGGUAAUUUUUGAUGUCAUAUCUCCUAAACCUGUUGUCCGAUUUAAGUGAUUUUUUUAAUAUGUUAUAGCCUUAUUCGUUAACAAUAUCGUUAUAAAAAUAU